GUUGCUCACUAAUUCAGAGACAGACAGGUAGUCAGACAGACAGGCAAUCUGAUGCCAACGGUGUCCUCCGUGACUCUCACGGGACGACUCCUCCUGCUGUUGCUAUGGGCACCCCACCUCACCAUGGCAAGCAACUGGCUUUCUCUGGCACGUCUGCCACGCUCGCGUCCUGUGUCUGGUGCAGAACCAUGUGGCCGUCUGAGGGGGUUGACACCAGGCCAAGUCGGGGUGUGCCGGGCACGGGGGGAGGUCAUGGAGUCCGUGCGAAAGGCUGCAGAGAUGGUCAUUGAGGAGUGUCAACAUCAGUUUCGAAACCGCCGCUGGAACUGUUCCACCACCCCUCGCGGGAUCAAUAUUUUUGGACGAGUCAUGAACCAAGGCACCCGUGAGGCGGCUUUUGUCCAUGCUCUUUCAUCAGCAGCAGUCGCUGUGGCUGUGACUCGAGGCUGUAGCAGGGGAGAACUGGAGAGAUGCGGCUGUGACCGAAAGGUCAGGGGGGUCAGUCCCGAAGGUUUCCAGUGGUCAGGUUGCUCUGAUAAUCUGUCCUAUGGCGUGGCAUUCUCUCAGACCUUUGUGGAUGAGCCAGAGAGAGCUAAAGGCAUGUCGUCGGGGAGGCCGCUAAUGAACAUUCACAACAAUGAGGCAGGGCGAAAGGCGAUCCUUCAUAACAUGCAGGUUGAGUGUAAGUGUCACGGCGUUUCGGGGUCCUGUGAGCUCAGAACUUGCUGGAAGGUCAUGCCUCCGUUCCGCCGGGUCGGUGCUGUGCUGAAAGAGCGCUUUGAUGGAGCCACAGAGGUACGGCUGACACGUGUGGGCUCUCGGACAGCUCUCCUUCCACGGGACCCCCAAGUGAAGCCACCAGCCGCACGGGACUUGGUCUAUCUAGCCCCUUCACCAGAUUUCUGCCGCCUGGAUCCAGACAACGGCAUUCCUGGCACUGCAGGACGACGUUGUAAUGGAACCUCACGGCUGGCACCAGACGGGUGUGAACUGUUAUGCUGUGGUCCAGGCUUUCGAGCAGGCCGGGCUGAGGUGGUCCAGCGCUGCUCCUGUAAGUUCUCCUGGUGCUGCUCAGUUCGCUGCCAGCAGUGUAAGAACACAGUGCUCAUACACACCUGCCGAGAAUGAGACGCACCUGGAAAACCACACAACCACACCAGAAGCACCUCAUCUCAACCCUGUCUACAUUGAUGCCCACAACCAACCUACUCCAUUUAAAACAUUCUGCAUAAUGUCUCUUAUUUGGUGACUUUAAAGCUCUCUUGGAUUUGACAUUAUAUAAUUACUUUAAUCUUCAAUUGCACUUUUGCUGAAAAGGAACAUGCAGAUGCUAUUGCAUUUCUUAGAUGCUACAAAACCAUUAACUAGCAUGCUCAGACAACGCUCCUAAAGCUGAGAUUAACCUCUGAAUAAUAGAAGAAUAAUGUUAGUUUAAUCUGAGGCCGUAGCAUUUAAUUCUAGAUUUUUUCCUCCCUGUUUACUGUAUUUAUGAAUUUGUUUUCAGUUUUGCUGAUUGUGUUUAUUUAUUUGACUUCAUUAUGCCAGUGUGGCAGUAUCUCUGGAUGGAAAGUUCCACCUGCAAACUCUGCGGCUUUAGCUGUUUUGUUUCGGCUUGUCCUAUUGCAUAGAGGCUCAUUUAUUGCCAUUAUCUCAUUUUUAUAAUCUAUAUGGCCUAAAAUAAAGUUGUUUUACAUCUUACAUGUCGAAAGAUGCGUUUGUUAAUUGACACAUUUUACAUUAAAACAUUUGGGAUCAGUAGGAUUUUAUUUUUUUUUAAACGUAACAAUAGAUAACUUUAGAUGAAUAUGUCCUUUUGGAAAAAAACAUUUUUAUCUUGGGAAAAAAAAAAUCUUACUGACCCCCAAACUUUUGAAUUUUUGUGGGACAUACUAAAUCAUCUAAUCAUCUAAAAACAGGAUAGAAAUAAAGCUGUGUCAGUCGCAUCACUUUUAUUACAAAUAUAGUGAGAUUCCAAACACCGCAGAACUUGACUAAGAAAAGGCCACAUUUCAAACCGUCAUCAUUAUCAUCAUUGGUUAUCCUCCUCCUUUUUAUUCACACGACUGUUAAGAUCGGUUAUUCAAAAUAUUACAUUUCAAAUUGUUAUUUUAUUAAUAAAUCACAAUCAAAUGGUACUCUAGAAAAAAUAAAAUAAAAAGUCAUUUAAAAAAAAAAAAAAA